CGUAGCAGGCCUGCGCUCAGUGCAACAACAACCGGGAAUAAAAUGGAGGCCACACUUGGCUAAACAGAAACCAGCAGAGUUUGAAGGGGAUCUCAUCGAAGGGGAUCUCAUCGAGUUCUGAAAGUUGGGUGGCGACGGUGGCGGAUAGACUCUGAGCGUGUGCGAAACAGAGUGACACCGUCCAAAUGCGGCUUGGGCGGCUUGGUUGGAAGACCUCGCUCCUUGCUUUAACCGAGGUGCAUGGAUGCGCGUCUGAGAUGCCGGCCCACCAAUUGCAAACCGCGGCAUUGGGUGUAUUAGGGCCUUCACUUAACGAGUAUUUCUGCUUCGUUCCCGAGCCCCCGGCAAACGCUUCUUCAACAUGGAUUCCUGACAUCGUCCAGCACAUCGCCAAGUUCCUUCCACACAACGACGUGGCAUGUACACUACGCCUCGUUGACAAGGCCACGUAUUCACUUUUUACUGGCCCUCAGUAUGUUGUUGUUCGGCUGUCGCAGCCAGUUCCGCCUCAUGCCUUUGCGCGGUACUGGAGUAAGCAAGGCGUCAUGCGCAGAAUGGCCUACGAUAAGCGUUUGAAAUUUUUGUGGUUGGUGGCGGGCAGCGGCACGUCGUCCAGUGUCUCCUGCAGCAGCAACCUCCCAACACCAAACCCAUCAGCAAGCGCCGCAUGCUGGAAUCUGUCGCGGUUGGCUGCGACCUCGCAACUCUCCAGCACUGGCACCGCACGCUGCUGAAAGGCCAACAGCUAAAGUUCAACGCCAAGAAAGCGGUUAUCGCGGCAGCCGCAGGCAGCCCCACACCCGACUGGCGCGCCAAGAUUGAAUGGCUGGAGGCGCAGGGCUACAUCGGAGAUGAGAAGGUCUGCGAUAGCGCCAGUCGCCAGGCAGACGCGCUGCAGCGCGUCACCUGGCUGAUACAGCGGGAGUACCCAGUUGGUCAUGGCGUCGGCAGCAUCGCUGCUGCAAAGGGCGACGUUGCCCUGCUCGAGCACCUCUUAUCGGAGGGUUGGCCGCUGCCGAGCCCUGCCAUGGCCUUCAGCGCAGCCCAGCAAGGCCGACUGGAGGUGCUGCAGCUGCUGCACCGCCACAACUACGACUUCCGAGAUCCGUUUGCCAUGGCGGAGAUGGCGCGGAUGGGCAACGUGCAGGGCAUGGCGCAGCUGUUGGAGUGGGCGGGAGAUGACAACGUGGCUGGCUGGUGUGAUGGUUGGCGCGCAAACGUGGUGACGGGAGUGCUGCGGUCGGGCAGUGUGGAAAUGCUGACGUGGCUGACAGAGCGAGGCGGCGGCAGGUGGGAGGGCAUGGCGGCUUGGGCGGCGGCGGAUUCGGGGUGCGAGGAGGCGAUGGAGUGGCUUGAGGCGCAUGGGUUUCCCUUCAAGGAGGCACCCGUAGCUGGCAACCCCUACACCGCCUCCGCUCAGCGCGGCGACCUGGCCACACUGCGCUGUCUGCGGCGGCUGGGUUGCCCCUGGGGACCGGUCGGGGUGACCUCCACUGCCUGCGUCCGCGGCAACUCGCCGCUGCCGGUGCUGCGCUGCCUGCUGGAGGGGGGCUGCCCGGUGGACUGGGAGGCGGCGGUGGCGGCGCUGCCCCCGGCAUGCAACCCAGCCAUGCGGGAGUGGGUGCUGCAACAGCAGAGGCUGGCCGAGCAGGGACAGAAGCAGGCUGAGGAGGAGCAACAGCAGCCGGUGGUGGUGGGUGCUGAGGGGAUGGGGCCACCGGCAGGCGGCAUGGUGGUGUUGCCGGGGAAGCGGUUGAGGGGGCUGCGUGAGGGUCUUGGGAAUGCA